UCACUGUCAUCCAGCAUACAACAAAGACAUCAGCUGUUUAAAAAUUAGUUAAAGGCUUAUUUUUGGUUUUACGGACAUCCGCUAAUACGUAGUAAAGAUGGAACAUGAGCAGCCCACUACAAGCGCUAAAGCUGGGCAGGCUGCAGAUCCAGAUUCACCCAUGCACGGACCAACGCUUUCAACAUCCACUUCGAGCUUCGAAGCCUUGGCACAAAGAUAUGAUCCAAAUCUGAGUCGAAUGGCCAUAAACAUGUUCCAGAAAACAGAGGAGUAUUUACAACAUGAGCUGAAUGCGCCUCUGGAGGACUAUAAGCUAUUGGAGGAGAUGAAUAAGGCAACCAUUGCCAAAUACAAAGACAUGCGACAAAUUGCUGAAAAUCUAAAUGUUUCCACAAACGAUCUGUGCGACAAAUUUCAGCAGCUAGCGCCUCUUAUGCAGCAAAUUGAUGAAAUAUCUGACACGGUGGACAAACUAGAAGCUGCCGCUUAUAAACUGGACGCAUAUAGUAUAGCACUGGAAAAUCGUGUCAAAUGCGUGCUCCAACGAAAGUCAAGUCCUCACGCAGGACAAUAGCUUAUAAAUUCACAAAUGCAUUAC